UUCAGCAAUUCCUUUGAAGAGUUUUCAUUUCACUUUUCGAAACAUGGAGAAGCGGAAGCUUCCUUCAUUGCCGCAGGGCAACUCACAAGACUGUAAUUACAUCAAUACAGAACCUUACAUGGAAGUGCUCAAUAAUAAGGAAGAUACGCAAGAUAAGAAGAGGUGUUUUCUGUGGACAGCCGUCACAAUCUUUGCCAUCUUUGCCAUAUUUUCCAUUUUAAGUUUUUGCCUCCUUGACUACUACAUGCUGUUUAAAGUUGUUGAUAAAACUGAUGCGGCUAGACUCGCUGAUGAACAAUUUCAACAGUAUACAUCGUUAAAAAUGGUGCUGUACUGCGCAUUUCCCCGAUUAAAUAACUUGACAACACUGGCCAAUAACAAGAAGUAUCGUUUCAAUUCUUCGAAUCCAGUUACAUGGGAAGUUGCAAAGAAAUCUUGUGAACGGGAUGGGUUGCAAUUGGCUUCGGUUAAAAACUUAGAGGAUCUAAAAGCGGUACACCAACAAGCAGAUUUAACUUUGAAAGGUGCGGAGUGGUGGCUGUCGGCCAGAGAUUAUGGCAAGGACGGAAAAUAUGAUAUGCGCUGGAUUGACGGAACUGUACUGGAAAGAAACAGCAGUUUGUGGCACGGAAAAGCAGAGAAAAAACACUGCCUCGCUUUCUAUACUGGAGGAGAUUUACGUUUCUACGGCAAGCUUUGCGAUCCUGAUAAAAAGCACUACAUAUGCGAACUUCUGCCUGAAUGCUAUGACUAUAAACUAUAACUUACGCAUGAUUUGCAGUUGAGCUCUUUUAACUUGUAUAAUAUUAUGUUAACUGUGAAACAUUGCCUUAUGAUUAUUUUUAUUUACUUAUUAUUAGCAAAAACACAAAAAAGCCAAUUAAAAUUUAAACUAUAGUUCAUGCAUUUAUAAACAUCUCAUAAUAUUUGUUCACGCUUUAUAAUUCAACUCCCUCAUCACACCAAUGUCAUCAAUGUUUUUUAAUCAAUUGAGCGUUACUUACACUUUUUUUUCUCUUUCAUAUUUUAUGUCGAAAUCGAAUGUAAAGACGCUUCAUAGACUUCAAUUUAGUUUCAGAAAUGUGUAUUGGGUUCAAAAGCUCAAAUAUAGUGAUGAUUUAAUGUUAAUUUAAUACAAAAAUUCUUCAUCAUUGGAAGAUGCAUUAUUAUUACUUAAUUAUUUAGUUAAAAUUUUAUUAAUAAUUAAAUUUUAUUAAAAAUAAUUCAUUUUAAAGCUUGUACACUGAUGUAUAAAAUAUUUAUGUAAAAUAGAUGUAAAAAUAAUUGAAAAAGUUCUAAAUCAAAUAAAAAAAAAAAUGUAAAAAAAUGCUUAAAAAUAAACAGCAAAUAAUAUUUUUAUUAUAUUAAAAAAAA